AUGAUUGGUCUACCAUUUGAUCAACAAGAUGUCUACAAAGCAUUUUCCCAGAAUCACGCUACCGAGUCCCUGCUCCCCCUCUCAGCAUGGGAGACCCGCGUUGCAAACCCGGAUUUCAGAAUUGUUGUCUGCAUUGUUGCAGACGCAGACGGAGAUGGAACAUUGCCUAGCGACAGGAACAAUGAGGCAGAGGAGGAACAUAUUUUGCAAAGAUUGUUGGACAGCGAAUGGGCGGGCACAUUCACGCUCGUCGGCCCCGUCCCUCUCUCUUCAUGGCUCCUCCCCUCAUCCGGGCAACCUCAACCCGGUGCCGAGGGCGAGGAGACGCGCUGGCAUCUUACAAGUCUGUUUGUCCUGCCGGCGCACCGUGGCUGCGGAUUAGCCAGCAAGCUCACGCUGGCGGCUGUGCGAGCUGGGUCUUCAGGGCACCAAGUCGCAAGAAACGUGGGGGCUACGACGCGCUUUAGACUUAUCGUGCAUCCAAAGAAUAUAGAGGUCGUAAAGUUGUAUGAAAAGGUAGGCUUUGUGAAGGGCGGAUUGUACACGCAGCGGGAAGCUAUGGUGGCGAUGGGGGACGCGGCGGGGGUACCGGAGGCAGCGGCUAGGGAUAUAUGGGAUAGUAGAUUAGCUAUCGGGAUGGAGCUUUUGGUCUAA